ACAUAUCUCAAUCGGUCCAUUGUGUUUUGCCACACUAAUCUUACUACAUUUAGAAAACAUAAUGUCUAACGUUCGUCCAUGGUUCCGUCUCUCUAGCAUCGCUAGGCCUACAUCACAAGGUUCUAGCGAUCCACCUCCACCUCAACCCCGACAAACCCCUCGCCGUCCGGUCAUAGUCAGACCACCGCCAAGACAACAGUCACCUCCACGUCAGCGACAACCUCCUUCACCUCCACGUCAGCAGCAGCAGCAACCUCUUUCCCCUCCACGUCAGCAGCAACAGCCUCUUACCCCUCCACGUCAGAAGGCUCCGUCACCUUCACCUCCUCAUCAAGAGCGGUCCCCAUAUCAUUCACCUCCUAGCCGCCACAUGUCGCCGCCGACCCCACCAAAGGCUGCGAUGCCACCGCCGCCACCAACUCGGUUGUCAUACACGCCGCCACCAUCUCCCAAGGAGGUUCAAGAAGCCUUACCACAGCCAAAACCAAAAUCACCACCGAGUCCAGCUCAUUCAAGUCACUCUACAACGUCUGAGUCAGUGAAAACUCGGUCUGUAACAUCUGAUUCAGAGAACCAUCGGAAAGCACCAUCACCAAGAGUACUCUCUCCCUACUCUCUUCCACCUUCUCAGUUACAUUCCGAACGCGAAACCACUCAGAAAAACAUUCUCACUGCAGAGAAAACAAGUCAGCUCCAUGAACCAAAUCAGUAUAACCAUAACCAUAACCACAACAACAACCACAACCACAACCACAACCAGAACUAUAACCAUAACCAUAACCAAAACCAAAACCAUAACCAAAACCAUAACCAUAACCAUAGCUAUCAAGGCAGCAACCCCAGGAAGAUGCAUCGUCAACCAUCUCCGUCCGAUUCUGAGAGCAUAAUGGGCACACGCGUCAUCACCAUUGCAGGUGAAAACAAAGGUGCUGUAAUGGAGAUCCUACGAUCUCCUCCAAGCAACAAAACCGGAGGUUCAGGAACACAUUCCUCUAGGGUUUUUCAUGGCACUGGAGAGAAAGGACGACGACUUAAAAGCAGCAGCAGCAGUAGUAGCAGCGACGAAGGAGAAGGAAAGAAGAAAACGACGAAGAACCCUAACAAUGGGAAUAGUAACCUCCCGAUGAAAGCUUUUAUGAACAGUAACGUGCAGAUGAUAAACAACUCCAUUGUUUACAACUCGACGGCAUCUCAUCACGAUCCCGGCGUUCAUCUUAAAAUCUCCCGGAAACCUGGCUCCGGCAAUGGUUUCCACGUCAACGAUUACGGUAAUAACGGCGGAUACACCGACUGAGCGAAAAGGAAAAUUAAAAUAUCUCACCUUGGGUAUCCUCCGAAUAUUAUUUUUAAAAACAACAAAAAAAGGAAAAAAACAAAAACAAAAAAAAAAAACUAAAGGUUUUGGGUUUAAAUUUGCAAUAAAUUAAAUUUUAUAAAAAAAAAUAAAGAAAAAAGAAUAAAGAAAAACAUGAGUGGAUUGACUGGAUUCUGAUUCUUUUAUGAGCUUUAGAACCCUCUCACUCAUUUGAAGGCUUUUGAUUCGUUUUUUAAAAAACGGACUCUUCUUUACUUGUAAGUUGUAACGCCCCUUUGUUUCUUCUCUGUGACGUGAUCAGUGAAAAUUAUGAAAUGUUUCAUCCUAUUAUUCCUAUACAGGAAGCCUCGUAUUAUUCUGAAGGACCGAUCCUUACUGUAUAGGCCCAUUUCAUAUUUUUGGAAAUCGGGGUAGUGAUGUUGAUUACAUAUUCCAAAAGAAAAGAUAACCAAACCUUGUUGUGCA